AUGGGCGCGCACGAGCGCGCGGACGGGCUCGGUCGCCGCGCGGGCGAGUGCGGGCGCUGGACCUGGACGCGGCCACCCGGGGCCACGGCAAGGGGGGAGGGUUCGCCGGCGUGGCAGCGGCGAGGCCACGGCAGGGCAGAAGGGGAGGAGCAGGGCGCCGGAGCGCCAGAGGUGGCCAUGGGCGUGGGGCGUCGCCUGCGCGUGGGGGAAGGAGGCCGCAGCGACGGGACAGGGGGCGGCCGGGGUGAGGCCACGACGGGCGCAAGCCUCGGCGGCCAGAGCGAAGGAGGGGGCCGCGGGGGCGCGGGCCGGCGGCCAGGUGCGGGUGUGCGCGACGGGGCAGAACGGGGCGAGGGCACGACACGGUGA